AAAGCUACCCAAAAGCAUUUUUCUUUCUUUUGGGUGCGUUUUGAGGAUGAUUCUUCAUGGUCCCACUCUGUAAUUCUUUAAGAAAUUGAUCGGAUUGAUUACAAUUAUCGCAGAAUAUUGUUUUAUUUCUUUUCAGACCGUCAGAUUUCCUUCCCCACGUAUCCGUUGCUCUGUUUUCCCUCUCUGUCUUUCUCCCUUUCCUUUCAACAUUUGAGUUGUUUCCUACUGUUAUAUGACACAAACCCAGUUCCUUCCGCGGCUUUUCUUUUUCCUGAUAUUGAGUUCGACAUGUUUCAUACGCGGAGACUUGAAAACACAGUUUUUGGGGGUUAAGUUUUAGAGACGAAUUGGAUCUUUCAGCUUUCUUCUAACUGAACUUUGUUAUUUUGCUAACUGCCCUUUAAAAUUCGUUUGUUUGUGCAUUGGUUGGCCUCUUCCUUUCCCUUCUUGCUCCCCUUUUCGCUUCAUUUUUUUAUCCCUGUCAAUGGCAGAACUUCUUGAAUUCCGAGUCUGUGUUUUUCUUUUAAAGUAUCUACCGAACUGAGAUGAGUUUUGGAUUCUGGUCCGCUGAGAGUUGAGAUGGAAUCAUGCAAAAUCAAGCAUAUAUUUCCAUAGUUCUUUAACUUCAUUAGCUUGCCGUUUAAUUCAACUAAUUCUCUCUCUGAAGUUCUAACUGUGCUUCAAAAACCUUUUUUUCUUCUUAUUAUUAUGUCUUAAGGAGUCUUGCUUGGUAUAAGAAAUGGGGUCCGGUAACCGGUUAUGUUCAAAAGAGUUUGAUUUGGAUGCUAAGUGGCUGGUCGAUCCGAAGCAAAUCUUUGUUGGGCCAAGGAUUGGGGAGGGUGCGCAUGGCAAAGUGCACAUGGGGAAAUAUAAAGACCAAAAUGUUGCAAUUAAAAUAAUUCGGAAAGGUGAAACUCCAGAAGAAAUUGCAAAAACUGAGGCACGUUUUGCUCGGGAGGUUGCUAUGUUAUCCAAAGUUCAACACAAGAAUCUUGCGAAGUUUAUAGGUGCUUGCAAGGAGCCUAUUAUGGUGAUAGUGACCGAGCUUCUUGUAGGUGGUACAUUACGGAAGUACUUGUUGAGUGUAAGGCCAAGGUGCUUGGACUUCGAUGAGGCAGUUGGCUUUGCUCUUGAUAUUGCACGUGCAAUGGAAUGCUUGCAUUCCCAUGGGAUCAUUCACCGUGACCUCAAACCUGAGAAUUUGAUCUUGACUGCAGACCACAAGACUGUUAAACUUGCUGAUUUUGGUCUCGCUAGAGAAGAGUCGGUAACAGAGAUGAUGACAGCAGAAACUGGGACUUACAGAUGGAUGGCUCCAGAGCUAUACAGUACGGUCACUUUACGAAAUGGAGAGAAGAAGCAUUACAAUCACAAGGUGGAUGUUUACAGCUUUGGAAUUGUAUUCUGGGAGAUUAUCCAAAAUAAGAUGCCUUUUGAAGGCAUGUCAAAUCUACAAGCCGCCUAUGCGGCUGCUUUUAAGAAUUUACGACCGAGUGCUGAGAACCUCCCAGCGGAUUUGGCACCCAUUGUGACCUCCUGUUGGACAGAGGAUCCAAACGAUCGGCCUAACUUCAACCAAAUCAUACAGAUGCUCUUGAAAUGUCUAUCCACCAUUCCACAACCAGAUUAUGUAAGACCACCAACGAUGCACCCACCUGAGAAUGCAGUGCUGCCACCAGAAUCUCCUGGAACAAGUUCUUUGAUGGCAGCCACAAGACGUGGCACCGGGGAAGUCCUGAACAACGAGAUGGGAGAGAAACCGAGCAGUUUCUUCUCGUGUUUCACUGGUAACUGUUACUGAUUCACCCAGAAAGUAAAACAACCUUCUUAUCACAGAACUGGAGCUGGAAGUCCUUACAAAACUUACCACAACUGAAAGAUUGGAAAAAGAAGAAAACCAUGUGUAGUUAAUGAUAGAAAAUUAGUGAUUCAGGUUCCAUCGGUAAUAUCUGUUCAAGUUGAUAAUAUAGAGACAUGGAUUCAUAAAGAGACUUAGAGAGUGUGGAGUUGGGGUUGCUGUGAUGUCAACCGUAAGAACAAAUAUUCGUCCAAAUGCCUUCCUCUCCUGCUUGUUCUUCUCUAUGGAAUUUUCAAAACUGAAACGUAUGAUAAUGAGGCCAUUCAGUUCUUCGAA